AUGAUGAUUGAUUACCUCAUAAACAGGGAGGAGAGGGAUCCACUUUGGAAGGACCCAAGUCGUCAUGUUUUGACCAAUAAAAAAAAAAAAAUAUAUAUAUAUCCCUUUCACUGUUGUAACAAAGGCAAGGACGAAGAUGUCGACCUUUGGAAUUUUUUAAAAUGCAAAAACGAUGGAUUUUUUUUCCACUCGGAGGAGGAGAAGUGCAUCGUUGAGUUGGCCCCCAAGGGUGCAGCGGCAUUAGCAACAGCAGGAACAACAUCAGGAGGAGGCUUGCUGGGGACGUCCAAGAGGAAGCGAAUGCACUUCGAAUCCGGUGGUGGGGUUGCUAACCUCCUGCAGAGUUACACCCCCGACGGAUUGACACACAGUAACGGUUUGGAAGACCCGCCACGUGGCAGCUCCACCCAGAGUGUCAAAAGUAGCACCUGCUUGGAAACUUCCCCGGGUAGUCCCGCAGAUGGUGAAGAGAAUGUGCAAAAAGAUGAGCAGAAAAGCGAUAGAAAAGCUGCUUGGAAGAAGCUGAGGACCGGCCAUUUGGAUAACCUGGAGGAAACCCACACGAGUGGAUAUGCAUCACCGCAGAGUGGGCAUGUAGACCCAAGGGAUGAGAAUAAUGGGAUUUGUUCACAGAGGGAGGAAGAAAAGGAGAAGUGUAAUGAUGACCCCCCAGUUAGCGGUACCGAAUGGCUUACCUCCGUCGGGGCAGAUAAAUUGGUGGAGUUGCCCAAAAGGUGGCAGGCGAGGAGUUGCAUGGCGGAAGGGAAUGACUGCAGUGGGGGGGGAGAUGGAGCAGGGAAUUCUUCCACCGUUGGUGGAGGAAGCAACUCAAUGAACGGUGGUGGCAACGCAGGGGGAGGCGGAGGAAGUGGAGGAAACCACGGGAGCAGUGGAGACGAUGGGAAAGGAAAUGGAAACCGUGGAAAUGGCCACAUAGAUGGUAGUCACCAGGCAGAUAACCAGGAGGAGGACGAUGAGGAGAAUAAGAAGAAUGAACAGAAAAAACGCAAAGUCGGUGAAGACAACAUGCAGGGGGGAGACCCAAAAAUGAAUUACUUGCCCAACGGGAAUGGAAUGGUUAAUGGGGGGUUAGGCAUCGGCCCUGCACACGGCAGUGGACACAACGAACUGAUUGAUCAGGACAGAGUAAUAGGUGGUAAUCAAAGGAAAAUGCCAGUAGGCGGUAAUUACAGUAACAGUAGCAGCAUGGGUAAGAUGGAAAGUGGUCCUGUCAAUUUUUCCACCCCGAAUAAGGUACCGCUACAGAGUCUGGGUGGUACCAGCGGGAAUGCGUCUCACCUGAAUGGAGCGAAACUUAACGCUGAAGGUGGAAGUGUCAGAAACGGGAGCAUCCUGGGGGGUAAUAAAAUUGUAGGUAUGAACAGCUUCAGCGGUAACGUGAAUUUCCCGAAGAAUAAGCUUUUUAUGGCGAACCCGCAGAUGGGGUUUGUGGGGAACGUCAAGGGGUCACGAAUGAAUAACGUGGGUGAACUUGGCCGCAUGAAUGGCCCCCACUUCAAAGACAUGAACGAUGAGUUCCCCCCGGAAGGAAGAAAAAAAGACGCAGGGAAGAAAGAAAUUAUGGAAGGUCCAUUAAAAAGCAACGACAUGAACAACUAUCCUAGCAGCACCAUCAGCAUGGGAAGUAACAACGUGAACAUGUUUCCCCCUCAUGGAAUGAAUAACCCGAAUGCAUUUUUAAACAGCAGCAUGGGCAGAAUGAACAGCCUCAAUGCAAUGAAAGGAAUUGGAAGUCAAUACAAUGCAAUGAAUGUACCACCGAUGGUGGGUGCAGGUGGUAAUUCUUACAACUUCCAUGUGACUCAUCCCCAUCCUUAUGGUGGAAUGAAUAUGAUGAAUUCUAUUGGGAUGAUGGGGAGUGGUGUAGGGAACAACGCGGGCGGGAUUGGAGGGGGUAUUUUGCCAGGAAGUCCAAUGAAUGACAUGCACGCAGGGAUGAUGGGCGGGUUGGUGAACGGCCCGCAUGGAAGUAUCCCCCUGGUGAACAGUCCAAGCAGAGCAGCCAGCGGGACACAGGCAGCAGGACCCAAGGGUACCAAAAAUGUAGGCACAAAAGGGACAGGCGGAAACGGAGCAGAAACGGUGAACGCAAAGAAAAAUAAUGACACGCAGACAAAUAGUAAAGGCAAAAACAAAAUGAGUAGCAACGCAGAAAGUAGCAAAAACGUCAUUAAAAAUAUAAAAAUGGAGGAUCUCACCUUUAGUGAAAAUGUGUAUCUAAAAAACGUCGAUGGUCUUGACCUGAGCAAAAACUUUGUAAAUGGAAAGUACUGCUCCAAGUUACCCCCCAAUGAGAAAAUAUACAACAUUGUAAACUACAUUGUGCAGAAUUCGCUUGUGGAUUAUCUGCUCGAAUUUUACAACAACGAGAAUUUGCUUUAUAAUGAGAAGGGCGAAAUGUCCGAUGGGAACAGCGGGGUGGAUCGUGACCCUGGGGGAGGUGAACAGGGGGAAAUGCCCCCAAUAGGGGAAACCCUGAAUGGUGAUAAUGUGAAGGAAACUGUUAAGAAGCAGGACGAGGGGGUUAAUGAUGAGAAGGUUGUCGACGGUGUUACCCCCACGGGGGAGGCUACCACAGAGAACACUGCAGAAGGACAGACGGGAAAGGAAAAUGACUGCGUUAUGGUGCCAAAUGAGCAAAGCAAAGAUGAGGGCACCCCCAGUAAGACCAAUAAAAAAAACGCCCCAAGUGAGAACAUCAGUGUUAAUAACAAGAAUGAGGACAAACUUAACGGCGUGGAAGGGAAGGACACCACCACGACCACGACGAAUAACAAUAGCGACAACGCUGAAGCUACCGUGAACCGUGAAACGGAUGAAAGCAACAAGUACAUCUUGACUGAAAUAACGAAAAGCAUUUGUUCCAUUAUAAACCUACAGCAACUGAUGCCAGUGAACAACAGGAUAAGCAAUCCCAAUUUAAUUUAUGACCCGAAUUAUGACACCAUUUAUUCAAAGUGGAAAACCUUUUUGCGGAAGGAGCAAUCCAGUGGAAACGUUAUUAGCAUGUGUUUUUCCAGAGACUUUUUGCACACCGUUUUGCUGUGCAAUUAUGUGACCAUAAUUGAGGAUUUAAAAAAAACCGCCGUGAAGAAGAAAAUAAAAUUCUUCUUUCUGAAUCUUUGUUUGGAGGCCGGACUCUCCGUCAACGUGGCCCUCAUGCUCUUCAUCAAUGCGGCCAAGCAGAGCAACAAGUUGCAGUCCCUCUUACCGUCCGAAACCGGCCUUGGAUACCUGCACCGAGACGCAGGAGGAGCGAAGGAAGAAAACAUGGGCAUCAUCACCUUCGAGUGCAUAACGAAUGACCGAGAACCGGACCACUUAAUUAAGCUAAUUACACUGAAGAACAUCUUCUCGAGACAGCUACCGAAGAUGCCACGAGAGUACAUCGUGCGGUUAGUGUUCGACCGGAACCAUUACACUUUUUGUCUUUUAAAAAAGAACACGGUAAUUGGGGGAGUUUGUUUUAGACCUUACUUUGAGCAGAGGUUUGCUGAGAUCGCCUUUCUGGCGGUUACCUCGACGGAGCAGGUGAAGGGCUACGGUACGAGGCUGAUGAAUCAUUUGAAGGAGCACGUGAAGAAGUUUGGAAUCGAGUACUUUCUAACGUAUGCAGACAACUUCGCCAUCGGGUACUUCCGCAAGCAGGGCUUCUCCCAGAAAAUUUCCAUGCCCAAGGAGAGGUGGUUUGGCUACAUCAAGGACUACGACGGAGGAACGUUAAUGGAGUGCUACAUAUUCCCGAACAUAAACUACCUGCGGUUAUCGGAGAUGUUGUACGAGCAAAAGAAGACGGUAAAAAAAGCCAUUCAUUUUAUUAAGCCACAAGUUAUUUUUAAGGGGCUUAACUACUUUGUGCAAAAUAAAGGAGUCAACAAUGCCAUUCACCCGAGUAACAUCCCAGGGUUACUGGAAGUCGGAUGGAAAAAGGAAAUGAAAUAUUUUCCAAAGAAGGCCCAAAACAAGGAUAUACAGCUGAAGGAUCAAAUAUUAAGCGUCCUAGACUUCCUCGAAAAGCAGCAAUCCGCUUGGCCCUUCCUCAAACCUGUGAGUCUGUCAGAAGCCCCCGAUUACUACGAUAUUAUAAAGGAACCCACGGAUAUUCUAACCAUGAGGAGGAAGGCCAGACAUGGCGAAUACAAAACGAAAGAGGACUUUGGAAUAGAGCUGAAGCGCAUGUUCGACAACUGCCGCCUGUACAACGCACCCACGACCAUCUACUUCAAGUACGCCAACGAGUUGCAGGCGCUUAUAUGGCCCAAGUACGAGUGCAUAACUGAUGGAGGAAAGUGA